AUGCAGAUGCUCGUCAUAUGCGGAGGACAGCAAAGCUCCCGAGGGAAGCUCCGGUCCGAGGAGCCAACCGACGAUCCGUCCAGAUCCGACAAGUUGCCGACCCCUUUGACGGCAUUCGCGUCGGACGGCCGAUCCCUUCUCCACCCCGGCUCGACCAUCCAUCCUCCCUGGGACGCCAUCGUCGCCCGUCCGCUCCGCAUCAUGCUCCUCAUCGGCUUGACGGGUUCGAUCGCGACGGGAAAAUCGACCGUCUCCUCGCUGCUGUCCGCCUCGCCCCAUUCGCUGCCCGUCAUCGACGCCGAUCUCCUGGCCCGCAAGGUCGUCGAGCCCGGCACGGCCGGCUACGAUGCCAUCGUCCGGCACUUUGGACCCAGCACGCCCGAUCUUCUCGUCGAGGCCUCCGACACGAUGCCAGAACAAGGCCCGAGCGGCAAGGGGAGGCCCUUGAACCGGCCGGCGCUCGGGAACCGCGUCUUCGGCGACGGCGACGAGCGAAAGAGGGACCGAGCCGUCCUCAACGGCAUCGUCCACCCGGCCGUGCGGUGGGAAAUGUUCAAGUCGGUGCUGACCUGCUACCUGCGCGGUCACUGGGCCGUCGUCCUCGACAUCCCGCUGCUGUACGAGAGCGGACUCGAUCGCUUCUGCGCCGUCGUCUUCGUCGUCGCCAUCGCCGACGAAACGCUGCACCUGCAACGGCUCAUGGCCCGCGACGCGCACCUGAGCGAGGACGACGCAAGAAACCGUGUGCGCAGCCAGCAAGACGUCGUACUCAAGGCCAAGAGGUGCGAGGCUCGAGGAAAGGGCAAAGGCUUCGUCUUGUGGAACGAAGGGUCCAAGGAAGAGCUUUCCAUGAGCCUCGACAAGGCCAUGGCCGCCAUCCGCAGCUCUCGUCCCCGGUGGUGGUCGAUGCUGCUCCUCGCAUGUCCGCCGUUGGCCAUGAUCCGGCACUCGGCCGUCGAGAUGCCUCAGAGAAAGGGCUUUGGCGGCAGAUACCCCCUCCACUUUUGCGAGUGGGUGGUGGGAACGAAGAUCGAAAACGCACUAGGCCCCCGUACCACGAAGCCAUCGAGUCAAAGUCAGAGAGCCAUCGUUGCCGUUCAAGUACUCACCAGCGAUGAGACGGAACAGGAUAGCCUCGUCAUCACCUACCCGCGUUCUGGACAACCCGGUCGUCCAACCAAACCCGCCGAUGCCCCGAAGGCCUCCAAGAAAGUUCGCUUUCGAGAUGCCAAGUUGAAAUCGGCCUUGAAGAAGACUUCCAAUGGAGUAGCUGGAUCGAAUUCUGAAGCCGCGCCAUCCAAUUCUGACGCCAAGUCGACUGAUCAUUCAGAAGCCCAACCAUCUGAUUCCGCAGCCCAAUCGUCUGAUUCGGACGCCAAGCCAUCCGCUUCGUCCGGCAGUUCAUCAACCGACCCCCCCGAGGGCCAGCUAACUGACUCGGAUGCUCAGUCAUCUGAUUCCGGAACAUCGUCCAAAUCGGACAACGGACCUAAAAGCGGAAAACAUGAGCCUGCGAGGGUUCAACCGCCGCAUAAAAGGCCGACCAAAGCCAAGAGGAGAAAGAAUAGUUCGUCAAAUUCCGAUAGCGAAGCCGACCCCAAUCCCCACCCCAACUGUAAGUGCCCGCGCUGCACGGAAGGCCGGAAGAGAUUGAAGAGCCGAGCCAAACGUGUCGACGAGGUCACCGGUAGCGAAUCGGAAGCAUCCCAAUCAAGAGCUGACAUCGACACCAAAGGCAUGAAAGUCCUGGAAUCGACCGCAUCAAAAAAGCAAGGCAAGAAAGGCAAGAUCAAGCCGAACGAGUCCGAGGCCGAUGAUGAAGCAUCCGAGGCGGCAGAAGUGACCGAGAGCGAGGCGGUGGCAGAUGACACAGAGGAGCCAGAGCUUGGCAAACAGGAACCGGAGCACAUGCAGGAAAAGAAGCAGCAGAAGCAGCAGCAGAAGCAGCAGCAGAAGCAGCAGCAGAAGCAGCAGCAGAAGCAGAAGCAGCAGCAGAAGCAGCAGAAGCAGCAGCAGAAGCAGCAGGAGGAGCUACAGGAACAGAAGCAGCAGAAGCAGCAGAACGAACAAAAGGAAUCGGAGACGGCGAAUGGCAACAAUGUGAAUAACACCACCGCCAAAGGACAAGAGGAGACAAGCAGCAAAACCGAGAAUGGACCUCAGAAAGAGUCGACCGAAACAGUGCCGGAGUCUGCCCCCAAUGGAGGAGGCAAGUCGAACACGAAGAAUGGGAACGGCAAUAAUACAGCUGACUGGCCCGAGGCAUUCAUUGCACCGCAUCUCCGUCGUCCAACGCUGGUUGAGCCAAUCCGAACGGAAAUGGUCCAAACCGAGCGGGUGGUGGAAACGGCUCAAGAUCCAGCGCCAAACGCCUACUACGACCCGACGAACGGCCUGCUUCGCUUGUAUUGCGGCCCAGCGUAUGGGAACCAUUACGGUCAGGAUCCGUAUCCUCCCCCAGAUACUUUAGCUCGCCCUCUGCAUGCCGGCAUGCCACAUCAUACCCACAAUCCAUACUACUACGGCUUUGGUCCCGUUCCCCAGCAAGGUCAGGAGCCUGCGCCCAACCCGCAGGGUGUGCCGAUGAUGGCUUGGAACCAAAUAGGCCCCCCUCCUGGAGUUGCCCCCUACUUCCCGAGCGGGUACCCACCUAGCAUGUGGCAACAGGACCCCAAUAUUUUGGCCAACGCAGAAAGGAAGUCGAGCGUGAACGCGAACAGAAGCAGGGGGGCGAACGGAAGCAAGGGAGCAUUCAGCAUUGCUGGUGCGAACGGCGGCUCCCCAUUCAGCAAGACGAAGGACAAAGAUGGUGCCAACAAUGUGGCAGCUGGCAGUCUCAAGGGGGGCAACGACAACCCGUACUACAAGAAGCCAAAGUCCGUGUUCAGCAACCUCGAGAGCCGAGUCCCAUCUGGGGCGAGUCAUCAAAGUGCCAAUGACGGUCCUAACCCCAGCCCCAUGCCGGAUAUUGAUUUUCAAGGACACCAUGAAGUCUACAAAAACGGUCAGGCGCCUCUGAGUGCGCAGGGCAGCGAGGUCCGACAGACGGAGCAGCAGGGCUCGACGGCCAGCCAGGAGGGGGUGCCCCAGUCAGGAAACGGCUACUCCAACGGCAAGCCUGGGUGGGGCACAGAUCAGAAUAGCAUAAACGAAAAGGCGGACGCAACUGCUGAAUGGAACAACAUCGGAAGCGACAAGACGAGUGGUCAGGGUGUUCGUGAUGCAGGAAACGGCGAGGCAGCGAACAACGGAGCAGGCUGGGAUAAUGUUGGAGUGCAAAGCUCUGUUGCAGCUUCCCAUGGCUAUGAAGAAUGGAGGCGCGACUCGGCGGGCGAGAACAAAUCUGCGCCUCUGGCGGCCACGGCCACACCCAACGUAAUGCCGGGAUCGUGGGUUGAACCUCCACAGCCCUCAGCCCCGUCCAGUAGCGACCAAAGCAUGACGAACAUAUACUGGUGA